AUGGGAACAAGUAGAGUCAACAGGUACAGUAUUGUGUCAGACAUUUUACCAGAGGACGAACGCCAGAAGAUCUCUAACUUAGGACUCCAUAACGGCCAUAGAUCCCCCAAAAUUCAACUGCACUCAGCCUGUGAGACAGAAUCAGAGGACCGUAGGAGGAGGUCGGGAUCCUCCACUGCCGUGCCCAGCACAAAGGGACAAGGAGGGAUGAGCAACUACAACGGGAAGAUUCUGACUAGGGGCUCCAAUCACAUACGGAGCCGAUUUGUAAAGAAAAAUGGACAAUGUAAUGUUGUAUUCACCAACAUGGAAGACCAGAGGCAGCGGUACCUAGCUGACUUCUUCACCACCUGCGUGGACAUCCGCUGGAGAUACCUGCUGCUUUUAUUCUGCACCAGCUUCUUGAUCUCCUGGCUCUUCUUUGGCAUCAUCUUUUACACUGUCUCCCUGGCACAUGGGGACUUUGAGGAGCAAACUAUGGUGAAGAAUGAUGGGCUGGCGGUGGCAGGGCUGCAUGGACCCACCUCUGGACACGCAGUUGGAGGGCCAACACAAAGAAUGCCCUGCAUACUUCAUGUCCAGGGCUUUCUUGGGGCACUCCUGUUCUCCAUGGAGACCCAGACCACCAUUGGUUACGGUUGGCGCUGCGUUACAGAGGAGUGCCCUAUUGCCGUGAUCACAGUGGUUAUCCAGUCAAUUGUGGGCUGCAUCAUUGACUCCUUCAUGAUUGGCACCAUCAUGGCCAAGAUGGCGAGGCCAAAGAAGAGGAACCAGACCCUUAUUUUCUCCAAAAAUGCUGUCAUCGCCAUGCGUGAUGGCAAGCUGUGCCUCAUGUGGAGGGUGGGUAACCUACGGAGGAGCCACAUUGUGGAGGCUCAUGUCCGUGCCCAGCUCAUACGGUCAUACGUCACAGCUGAAGGUGAGUUUAUCCCUUUGGAGCAGAUGGACCUCAAUGUGGGUUACGAUGAGGGCACAGACAGACUCUUUCUUGUGUCACCAAUAGUUAUAAUCCAUGAGAUAGAUAAAGAUAGCCCCUUGUACGCUUUAAGCCGAGCUGAUCUGGAGUCUGAUGACUUUGAGAUUGCUGUGAUCUUGGAAGGGAUGGUAGAGGCGACGGCUAUGACCACCCAGUUCCGUAGCUCUUAUCUUGCCAGAGAGAUCUUCUGGGGCCACAGGUUUGAGCCCGUGAUUUACGAGGACAAGAACUGCUACAAGGUAGACUAUAGUCGCUUCCACAACACUUAUGAGGUGCCGUCGACACCCCACCUCAGCGCCAAAGAGCUCGAUGAGGCUGCAAGCCGGGCCUCUUCUCCUGCUACCCCCGCCUCUACGUGUAGAUCCAUGAAGGACUUGAUGCCGCGGUCGGUGGGCGCCUUCUGCUAUGAGAACGAGAUAGCAUUGAGUGGUGGAGAGGAAGAGGAUGACAUCUUUGACUCUAAUCAGAUUGUAGGGAAGGAGAGGGCAGAGGAGAGGAGGACCUCAGUUUCUGUAGACUUUCAAAAUAUGUUCCAGGACACUGCGACCGUGACAUCUGGCAGUCACAGCGUCAUGUGUGUUCUGGACAUGGACAAUAACCAGAUGGAGUUUGAUAUCCUACAGACUGCCAUUCCUCUCGAUCCAGUGACCUACAAGAGCGAGCAAGAGAUCUAA